GACUCUAUGAUCGGGAGGCCUGUAGAGUGGCCAAGCACGCGAGAAAGAGAGAGUGCGCCGCACUACCCCUCGCCCAGCUGCUCGGCGCGCGGUGCAUGCUGGGCCAUCCCUCCCUCCUCGCAAGUCCUCCGAGGCUGCGCCGCGCUGACAUCCGUGUCUCUUGUUUUUUUUUUCCUUCUUAUUUUCCUUUCCUUUUUGCCCGCCCCCCCAUCUCUAAUUUACACUCCCCUCCCUCCAAGAUGGUGUUGCUGGGCUCUGGGUGAUCCAAGAGGAAAAGGCGGAGGCGCAGCGCGGCCCUGCUCAGCCACCGCCACCAUCUCGACAGCCACGCGGACGCCUAGAGCGCCGACGGCCUUCCCUGUUCCCAGGCCUAGCCUAGCCUGGCCUGGCCUAGCACCGUCCCCACCUUAGCCCUCGGGGUCCGCUACCCUGCGCGCUUCCCGUCCCUGCACCGGCACCACCGCCUAAUCUAGGCAGAGGCGACAAGAGGAGGGCGACGAGAAAGAGAAGCAGCCGCUGCUGUCUCCCAUCUCACCGUCGAGGGCUGCCCGGCCUUGCAAGAGAGCCUGCUGGGCCCUGGGCGGGAAGCGACGGCCGAAGCACUAGGUAGCUGCAGUACUGGCAGAAGUGACCAGGGAGAAACCGGUUCGUCCGCAGCCAAUCAAAGGCCAUUUGGCAACGUGCAAAAGCAACCUGCUGAAGUGCUGGAAGAACAUGCAAUGGAAGUCUUCAACUGGAGAGCAAAAAGCCAAUGGGUGGCCUCGGGGUGCUGUGGGUACGAGUGUUGCUGAAUAAUCACUGGCUGGCAGCAACAUGACAGACUAGAAGAUCAGCCUUACAUCUUAAGCCAGUGAAGCCAGAUCACAGGAAACAAUUGACAGCACUAUUAAGCUCAUGCUUGGCCCACCACAAGAGGACUGGCGACAACCUAUUUUUAAUCAACAACACAAAAUUGUGAUCACCCCAAUGUCACCGAAUGGCCACAGCUUGUAAAAGAUCACCAGGAGAACCUCACUCUGAAAACAUUGAAGCUAGCCGAAUGAAGCGAGCAGCUGCAAAGCAUCUAAUAGAACGCUACUACCAUCAGUUAACUGAGGGCUGUGGAAAUGAAGCCUGCACGAAUGAAUUUUGUGCUUCCUGUCCAACUUUUCUUCGUAUGGAUAACAAUGCAGCAGCCAUUAAAGCCCUCGAGCUUUAUAAGAUUAAUGCAAAACUCUGUGAUCCUCAUCCCUCCAAGAAAGGAACAAGCUCAGCUUAUCUAGAAAACAAUUCCAAAGGUGCCCAUAACAACUCCUGCACUGACAGAAAAAUGAACAAGAAGGAAAUGCAAGGCCCAAGAGAUGACUUUAAAGAUGUGACAUUCUUAACGGAAGAAAAAGUAUAUGAAAUUCUUGAACUGUGUGGAGAAAAAGAGGACUAUUCACCUUUAAUUCGUGUCAUCGGGAGAGUAUUUUCGAGUGCUGAAGCAUUGGUACAGAGUUUUCGAAAAGCCAAGCAGCAUACUAAAGAAGAACUGAAAUCUCUUCAAGGAAAGGAUGAAGAUAAGGAUGAAGAUGAAAAGGAAAAGGCUGCAUGUUCUUCUGCCAUGGAUGAAGACUUAGUUGCACCAUCAUCAUCAUCUAGAGUAGGCGAUGCUGCACAGGGGGAUAACAAUCUCCAAAAAUUAGGCCCAGAAGAAGUGUCUGUAGACAUUGAUGCAGUCAGACGGGUCUACAAUAGAUUACUUUCUAACGAAAAAAUAGAAACUGCCUUUUUAAAUGCACUUGUGUACUUGUCACCCAAUGUGGAAUGUGACUUGACUUACCAUAAUGUGUACUCUAGAGAUCCUAACUAUCUCAACUUGUUUAUUAUUGUUAUGGAAAAUGGUAAUCUUCAUAGUCCUGAGUACCUGGAAAUGGCACUGCCAUUGUUUUGUAAAGCAAUGAGUAAGCUACCCCUUGCAGCUCAAGCAAAGCUGGUCAGAUUGUGGUCAAAGUACAGUGCAGACCAGAUUCGACGAAUGAUGGAAACUUUUCAGCAGCUUAUAACCUACAAAGUCAUAAGCAAUGAAUUCAACAGUCGUAACUUAGUGAAUGAUGAUGAUGCCAUUGUUGCUGCUUCAAAGUGCUUAAAAAUGGUUAACUAUGCAAAUGUAGUGGGAGGGGAUGUGGACACAGAUCACAAUGAAGAAGAGGAUGAAGAGCCUAUCCCAGAAUCCAGUGAGCUAACUCUUCAGGAACUGCUGGGUGAGGAAAGAAGAAAUAAAAAAGGACCCCGGGUAGACCCACUGGAAACAGAACUUGGUGUAAAAACAAUAGAUUGCCGAAAACCACUUAUCCCCUUUGAAGAGUUUAUCAAUGAACCACUGAAUGAUGUUCUAGAAAUGGACAAAGAUUACACUUUCUUCAAGGUAGAAACAGAAAACAAAUUCUCCUUUAUGACGUGUCCUUUUAUAUUGAAUGCUGUUACAAAGAAUUUGGGAUUGUAUUAUGACAACAGAAUCCGUAUGUACAGUGAACGGCGCAUUACUGUACUCUACAGUUUAGUUCAAGGACAACAGCUAAACCCAUAUUUGCGACUCAAAGUGAGGCGUGAUCACAUCAUAGAUGACGCACUCGUUCGGUUAGAAAUGAUUGCCAUGGAAAAUCCAGCUGAUUUGAAAAAGCAGUUGUAUGUGGAAUUUGAAGGCGAACAAGGGGUUGAUGAAGGAGGAGUUUCCAAAGAGUUUUUCCAGCUAGUCGUAGAGGAAAUCUUCAACCCAGAUAUUGGAAUGUUCACUUAUGAUGAGUCUACAAAAUUGUUUUGGUUUAAUCCAUCCUCUUUUGAAACUGAAGGACAGUUUACACUGAUUGGAAUUGUACUGGGUCUGGCCAUUUACAAUAACUGUAUUUUGGAUGUCCAUUUUCCAAUGGUUGUCUACAGGAAACUAAUGGGCAAAAAAGGAACUUUUCGUGACCUGGCAGACUCUCACCCUGUUCUCUAUCAGAGCUUGAGAGACUUGUUGCAGUAUGAGGGAAGUGUGGAAGAUGAUAUGAUGAUAACCUUCCAGAUAUCUCAUACAGAUCUCUUUGGUAAUCCAAUGAUGCACGAUUUAAAGGAAAAUGGAGAUAAAAUUCCAAUUACAAAUGAAAACAGAAAGGAAUUUGUCAAUCUGUAUUCUGACUACAUUCUCAACAAAUCAGUGGAGAAGCAGUUCAAGGCCUUUCGAAGAGGAUUCCACAUGGUAACCAACGAGUCUCCCCUAAAAUAUUUAUUUAGACCGGAGGAGAUUGAAUUGCUUAUUUGCGGAAGUAGGAAUCUAGACUUUCAAGCCCUAGAAGAAACUACAGAGUAUGAUGGCGGCUAUACCAGAGACUCUCUUAUUAUUAGGGAAUUUUGGGAAAUAGUCCAUUCAUUUACAGAUGAGCAAAAAAGACUAUUCCUCCAGUUUACAACAGGCACUGACAGAGCACCAGUAGGAGGACUUGGAAAACUAAAGAUGAUUAUAGCCAAAAAUGGCCCUGACACAGAAAGGUUACCUACGUCUCACACAUGCUUUAAUGUCCUUUUGCUUCCGGAGUACUCCAGCAAAGAAAAACUUAAAGAGAGAUUGUUGAAGGCCAUCACAUAUGCCAAAGGAUUUGGCAUGCUGUAACGAAAAUGAAUAAAAUAACAAAAGGGAGAACGAGAUUGGUGGUAAUGGUGUCCCUGUCCAAAAAUCAAUCAAUCAAUCAAAAACCCCACAAAAGGCCAUAAGAGAUAGUGAGCUACAGUAGUCACCUGUGUUUGUGCCUCCCUUCUUCACUUGGGGACAUUGGGCUGGAACAGCAGAUUUCAGCUGCUUCUAUGAACAAAUUAUUUUCUUUUAGCGUGAAAGUGUUACAUAUUCUUUCACUUGUAUGUACAGAGAGGUUUUCCUGAAUAUUUAUUUUAAAGGGUUAAAUCACUUUUGCUUGUGUUUAUUACUGCUUGAAGUUGAGCCUUUUUGAGUAUUUACAAGAAAACAAAACUGUACUCUCCCAAGGAAAAUAUUGCCAUCAUUUGUAGAUUGUGUAACCUUUAAGUAUGUACUACAUUUUUGUCCCAGUUAUCAAAUCAAAAUCAGGAACUGUACUUUUCGAACAGUUUUGCUUUUGAAACUUGAAGUCUUGGAAAACAAAAUGGUGUGAUGCAAUGACUGCUGUUCUAGCCCCCAAAGAAAUGUGUGGAAAAUCUUUAGAUUCAAUAAAGAUGGAAGGGAGAACUUGGAAUGUUAAACUGCAGCCUUGAGAACUUUACUUUAGUCACAGCACAACAAUUAAAAAAAAAAUCUCAUUUCACUAUAUAUGUUGUCUUUCACAAGUCUUGUCUUGUAGCAUACUGUGUUUUUAAUUAGCAAGGUUUCUAGCUGUAUGAAGGCAUAAACAUAGUUCGGUUGAGCUUUGUCUUUUUUUUGUUUUUUUAAAGAUGUUUACUGGGAAAAGUGCAUUUUCAGCCAAACAGCGUUAGAGUAGGAUGAAAUGUGUUUUUGGAGAAAUCAGAACAUGGGGUCUUUAAUCAAAAGCAUGUGAAGUGCACUUAAAAUGAAAUUUUAAUUGCCUAUUAUGUUGAUAUUUUAAAUAGACAAUCCAGUCUUCCCUGCAAGUUAUUUUAAUGAAUUGUUCCGUUUUUCAAGGCAUAACGAUCAGUGGUGCAGCAAAGGGAUUCCUUCCCCCUGCCCUCCCCACCAAAAAUCUAGCAAUAGGGGAAAAAUAAAACAUCUUAAGGGCAAGUGUGCAUUGUAAUACUCCCAGUUAUUCAUUAUAUGUCUCAAAAAUAAACGCUAGGAUCACUUCUGUCUUUUGCAUAACAUCCCAGAGGUUUGGAAUGUAAACCUGCACCCCACAUCAGAGAGAUAGAUCUCUUACCUUUCUACAGAUUGUCCCUGCACGCUGGUGAUUGCUGCUGUAACAAUAAAGGGACUGUCCAUUUUUAACCAAGACAAUGUAAUUGGCAUACCUCUUCUUACUGUAAAUGACAACUGAUGUGCAGAUCUGAGCUUGUGCCUUGGUGAUUGCUAUGCCUGACUACUAUACAGCACAUCAUCUUGAUCUGUGCAGAACUGGUAUUAGUUUGAGAGAGAAAAUAUAUCUUUCAGGAUUAUUUUAUUAUUUUUAGUAAUAGAAACAGGCAAUUUUUAUGUAACAAUAAUGCUAAAUAAAAUAGUGAUGUUUUCCACCAUGGUCCAGUGACAAAGAAGAAAAAUGAUUUUCUUAGUUUCAUAAGUUAACCCUGGAUAUUGUUUGGAAUUUCUUGAUGAGGAAUUUUGCAUUAAAUUGCACUGUAUAUUUGACUCUCUUCGGUAUAAAGCUGUCCUUAACAAUUAAUUCAUCUGAAACUGACAGCCUUUGCCAUUCAAGAGUGCCUUAAAAUUAGUGCAGCUUUUACUCCUCUUAUUGAUGGAAGCAGGGAAAAAAGCUAAGUAUAUAUUUCUGUGAUUAUUUAUGUCUCAAAAUUAUAAGCAGUUUUAAAAUAGGAACCUGAAGAGAUGGAAAUGGCUGAAACAGAUCCCUAGUAAAGAUAUCUGUUAACAGUCAAAUAUACUUUUGUGAAUGCUCCUAAGCAAGCACUAUAUAAAAUAUGUAUUCUUCUUAACCUGCAUAGGAUGACAUAUCUUACUCAGAAAUGAGUUCCACUGUUUUCAGUGUGGCUUACUACUUGAUGUGUGUUGAGGGUUGUAGCUGAAGUCACUUUUUCCAUUUGUUUUUAAGUCCUUAUAUGAGGCCUUCUUCUAGUACCAUAAGAAGAGGAGCACUAUGUUGGGGGUAGUGCACUGCAACAUUUUAUUGUAGGUCUUAUUUGCACAGUAAGCAUUUCUGGAACAUGAGCACCUAUUCAGUUACGUGCACUUCCUGCUUCCCACUUUAAG